AUGGCGAAGCCCCAAGCAACGGUCCUGAUUAUCGGCGCGGGCAUCUCUGGCCUCACAACUUCCCGCCUCCUCACAAACAGCGGCAUUCCCAACAUCGUCUUCGAGGCAUCGACACCGGACCGCAGCCAAGGAUUCGCCAUCAGUCUCCAGGAAUUUGGAUACUCCGCGCUCCUCUCUGCCCUGGGUGAUCUUCCUCUGAGUAGCUUGAUUAGGGGCGUCGCGCCAGACCGGGAAAUUGGUGGCACUGGCUGGAUUGACCAGGCAUUGAGGGACAAUUGCACGGGGGAAUUGUUAGUUGCUCCAGACCUCACAACGGCGAAGCAGACGGUUGUGCGUGCGAAUCGCAAUGCAUUGCGCCGUUGGAUUGCGGAUUGUGGGGAGGAGGAGCUCGAUGUGCGGUAUGGACAUAAGCUGCAGAGCGUCGAGGGUACAGUGGGCGAUAUCACGGCUGUGUUUGAGAAUAAGGCCAGGUACCGUGGGUCACUGGUUGUUGCUGCUGACGGCGUGAAUUCUACUAUCCGCUCCCAGGUUCUCCCCGGUGUGGUACCAGAGACAAUUCCCUUAAUCCACUAUCAUGGCGAGUUCCAGCUCUCUCGCACUGCCUUUGAUGAGCUCAUCCGGCCUCAUAGUGGGCACUCCAACAUUCUCGUUGGCGUUGGCGACGGGUUCAACACCCCACUCUCAAUCUGCAAUAUGACCAAGACGCAAGUCCAUCUUGACUGGUCGUACUCACGGACAGUGACUGGUGAUGAUGAUCUGCUUUAUCGCCCCAAUCUCCCUUCUGAGGAAGCGAAGCAGAUUCCCCCAGCGCUAGUCAAAGAGUUGGCCGCGUUAGCCCUAGCGGAGCCGUGGAAGCGCUUCUUGAAUCCCGAGUCACUCAAGAGCCAUCGGGUGUUUCAUUGGACUACCAGGUGCGUGUACAUGACGCAGGACGACGCUCGGCGCGCUGGUGAGCAAGGCGUGGUCUUCGUGGGUGAUUCGUGGCAUGCGAUGCCAAUUUUUGGCGGCGAGGGAGGGAAUCAUGCGCUUCUUGACGGUGUCGAACUGGCUGAUGCCGUGGUUAAGGUUGUGGCCAGCCCUGGAAAGGAUCAUCUAAGCAAAGCUGUUGCAAGCUAUUAUGCUGGCGCGUGGAAACGAUCCCAGGAGGCUGUUCGACGGUCAACCCAGCGCUUUUUCCUACUCCAUCGACCGGCGGCGGAGUGGAAAGAAAUUGCAGAGAAGAAGAAGAAGGCAGUAUAG